UGAACCGGAAGCGUAGUGCCUCUUGAAGCCGCUGGUGCUCCCCUGCCGCCGUACACUUGUGAAAGAGGAGGAUGGACUCGUAACAGACAAAGACACGUUCAUAACAUUGCAGUGUAAUGCCGGUUUGUAGCGCAAUCAAUUUUGCUUUACUUGUGAAAUCUACAGUCCUGUAAAACGAAGCAACCACUAACUGGACUGGGCCACCCUGCGAUUGACCAGACACCAACCACAGAAAGCAGACCAGUACAUCUGCCAGGGUCUUGAUGACUUCUACCUGCCUGCACACAUGCACGCAAGCUGACAAAUGACAGUGAUACUGAGUGACGGGCCCUGUAAGCGAGGGCUGUGAAUAGAAGAACACCGUGGUGUGUGUGCGUGACGGGGCUGUUGCAUCAUGGGUCUGGUGGCGUUCCUGAAGACCCAGUUCAUCGUGCAGCUGCUCCUGAGCUUCGUGUUCGUGGUGAGCGGCCUCAUCAUCAACUUCCUGCAGCUGUGCAGCUGCGUCAUCUGGCCCUUUAACAGACAGCUGUACCGCAGGGUCAACUGCAGGCUGGCCUACUCUCUCUGGAGCCAACUGGUGAUGCUGUUGGAAUGGUGGUCGGGUACAGAAUGUACUCUCUAUACCGACCAAGCCACAGUGGACAAGUUUGGCAAGGAGCACGUCAUCAUCAUCCUGAACCACAACUACGAGAUCGACUUCCUCUGCGGCUGGACCAUCUGUGAACGCUAUGGCGUGCUGGGGAGUUCCAAGGUCUUGGCAAAGCACGAGUUGCUGAAGGUUCCUCUGAUUGGCUGGACCUGGUACUUCCUGGAGAUUGUCUUCUGCAGGAGGAAGUGGGAGGUGGACAGAGAGACGGUCUUCAAAAGCCUGGAGAGACUUCGAGAUUACCCAGAGUGCAUGUGGUUCCUUCUGUACUGUGAAGGCACGCGAUUCACAGAGAAGAAGCAUGAGAUCAGCAUGCAGGUCGCAGAGAGCAAAGGCCUCCCAAAACUGAAAUACCACCUACUGCCUCGAACCAAGGGCUUCACCACCACUCUGCAAUGCCUGAAGGGAACGGUGACUGCUGUGUAUGACGUCACGCUGAACUUCAAAGGCCAGAAGAACCCCACACUGCUGGGAAUGAUCAACGGUCAGAAGUACAUGGCAGAUAUGUCCGUCAGGAGAUUUCCAGUGGAAGAGAUCCCGGAUGAAGAGUCCGAGUGCGCAAAGUGGCUCCACAAACUCUACCAGGAAAAGGAUGCUCUGCAGGAGCGGUAUAAGACUGAGGGCUGUUUUCCUGGUCCCACCAUCACUCCGCCCCGUCGGCCGUGGGCUCUGCUCAACUUCCUGUUCUGGGCCACCCUCCUGCUCUCCCCCCUUGUGAAGUUCGCCUGGGGCGUCCUCAUCAGCGGCUCCCCCCUCCUCAUCAUCGGCUUCAUCCUCUUUCUCGUCAUAGCCACUGUUGUCAUGAGACGGCUGAUCGGCGUCACCGAAGUCAAGAAGACUGGCUCCAACUAUGGCGACCAGAAUGCCAAGAAGCAGGACUAGAGGUGUCUGUCUGCAACAGUCACUCUGUGGUCACUGUGUGGACAGUGUGUGGUCAUGGGCCCUUUAUAAAAAAAAUUUAAUAACAAAUAAAAGAUUUUCUGAUGGAAAAGCACAUUCACGUGGGAGAAAAUAUUGGUUAUACUUAAGAAGAGAUGACAGUGACUGUGAUGAAGAUGAAAAAAGAGAAAAAGAGAAAAGGCAAAGAAACAAAAGGGACUGUGUGGAUGUAUUUCUCCACCGUAACAGCAAAGCAGUGGAGGAGUCUUGAAUGGAAGACUGACCACUGGUGGGCAACAGGAUGGGGAGUGGCCACGCCCUGAGCUCUCGAGCCUCGAGUCUUCCGGCACCUUCCUGGACUAAAGCGCACAGCUCAGACACUUAUUUCAGCAGGACUGACUUUGGGCUCAUUCCAAUCCUUCAUUUUUCUCCUCUUUUUCCUUUUCUCCUUUUCUUGCCCCUAGCUCCACCCAUUGGGAGAGGUGAGGAAAAUAUGAAAGCCAUAAAAAAAAAAAUUGAGAACGCGAAUGCCCUCGCUCUUUCAAACGUUAGUUUGAAGCCAUGUCAGUUACAGACAUGGCAGAUGGGGAGAGGUGGAUUCACAGGUCAAUCAUUUAUACGUCAGGCUUUCCAAAAAAAAUAAAUGAAUAAAAUAAAAUAUAAAUUUUGCAAAGGAUGUGCUGAUGUUUUCUUGCUCAAAGGAAAGAUUGUGAGUUCUUAAUUUCAUUUAAGCGGUUGAAAUGUCCUUAAAAAUGGUGGACGUGGCUGGCUCAGGAGCAAUGAAAAUGGAGAAAAAUAUGCGAUUGCAAUGAGCCCCCUGUAUUUUCCAGUCCUCUACUUUCUGCCCCAGCCUGCCUGCUUCCCUAUUUUCACAUCAGCCACCCAAUAAUGAACUGCUCUUCCUCCUUACUCUCCUCCUCUCCAUACUGAACUAAGUGGUAAAUGGUUGGCAUUUAUAUAGCGCCUUUAUCCAAAGCACUGUACAAUUGAUGCUUCUCAUUCACCCAUUCAUACACAUACUCACACACUGACGGCGAUUGGCUGCCAUGCUAGGCACCGACCAGCUCGUCACGAGCACUUGGGGGUUAGGUGUUAGGUGUCUUGCUCAGGGACACUUUGACACACUUUGACACAGCCUGGGCGGGGGAUCGAACCGGCAACCCUCCGACUGCCAGACGACUGCUCUUACCGCCUGAGCCAUGUCGCCCCCUCAACUACACAACAACCCUCGCCCCACUGUUUUUCUAAAAACCUCUUUGGCGAAGGUGGGUUUUGGUAUGAAUGGUACAGUAGUUUUUUACAGAACACACAGCGAACCAGUAUUCUGGCCUUUUCUGGUUUCCAUUAGUGUUUUCAACCAUUCGGAGCAAAGACACUACAUCUACAUUAAGACCAAGCACUCUGCAACCUGUUCCUUUUGACAGUUAAAGAGUUCCUGUGAAGCCCCUCUUCUAUUGUGGACUAAAUAGAUGGUCCGCUCCUUCAUUCCAUGCGCCUCCCUUUUUCUGAAUUCCGGGAGGUUCAGUAAGUGUUGGGAGUUUUCCAGUGCUUGCAGAUGUCCAUUGAGACUGUAUUGUACUUGGCAUACAGUGUAGAGUAUGCAUCAAGUUGGAAAGUGUCUGCAUCAAGACCAACUUUUCAAUGUGAAGAACACAGUGCUGUGUUUUGGUUGGAUCUUUGAUAUUAUCUGAUAUUAUCUGUGCCAUGUCCUUAUAAAUAUUCAUGAGCUGACAGGCCUGGCAUUUAUUGAUUAUGAUUAGAGCCACAGCCAAAAGAAAGUAUUACUGUGGUCUCGCAGCUCCUGAAUAUCCAAUAAGGGCAUACUUCAAUAGGGGCAGGGACCUGAGCUUAAGAGGUCUACGAUGGCUCUCCUGACUAGUGGUCCAACCGUCUCUCCGUACCAUCGCCCCCAUAGUUCAGACACUUCCUUGUCGCCCUGCCUCUUGAGGGGGCUUGUCAUUGUCACGUGUUCAGAGUUCAUGGAACGUGCCAUGGGCCUGUCAUUUGGUUUUUGUCUCAAUAAGGGGAAAAAGAGAGACCGGCAUGUACACACACACACACACACACACACUAGCUCAUGUUCACUCACUAACAUGAAAGCACACAAGCACACACACUAAGAUCGAAGAGCAAAUAUCUCUUCCUCAUCACUCUGUCCAGUCUAACGGAAUUUUUCCUCAAAGUAUGUUGAUGGAAUAUUGUACUCGAACAAACAGGGUCUACAAUCUCCCUUCACACAAGUCUGCUGGGGGUUUAUGAGGUAGAGCUCCUUCAACAUUACAUACUUACACCCAACACACAUCCCAAAUCAGCUCCCAUGCACAUCUCGCACAAAUCCCUCGCUGAUUGAACAAGUUUGUGUGGUAACUGCCAGUCCCAUGCAGGUUAGUACAGUGUUUUGAUUGGAUAAGAAACACCAGUUUCUGGCAGAUUUUAAUGUGGGGGGCUCCCAGUUUUAUACCACUGUUUUACUGUUUUGCUUCUUGUUUAUCACUCUGCUAAUUCACUUAUUUGCCCAUUCUUUUGUUGAUGUGCACAUUCAGUUCCCACACUAGGUGAGGGUGAGUGUUUUUCCGUUAGCUUAGCAGCAGAUGCACCAUAUGCAACAACGUAACGAUAUGGAAUAAUUCCUGGAAUAAAUCAUGUGAUGUCAGCCAGGCUGCUGAUUGGUCCAGCUCAGAGGGGGAAGAAUGGGUGACAUGUCACUCGAGACAUAGAUGUAGGUCAUCACCUGGUCCUCUGGAUACCAGACCACUUGAGGCUCUGUAGAACAGCUGUCUCAUACCUGCUUUCAUGCACUGCUUCAACCUGUAUUUUAUCAUUAUGAUUGUUGUUCCUCAUAUUUUUACAGCGUUUUAUUUAAUCUGCUUUGUCAAGACCCUGAGAUGUAAUGCGUGUCUGGAUAGCAACAGCUGUGAUUAAUGUUUCAAUUUCACUUAAAACGAAAAAGUAAUGACUCAAAAAAAGAUGUGAAGUAACGUAAACUCACCGUGUUCCGAACAGAACAUGGGGAAGCAGCCGCUUCCACCAGAAGUUCACGUUGCUUAUUGGUAUCACUUUCAUAUGAAUUGGACCAAUAAUUAUAGAGAAAAUGCAAAUAACUACACAACGUAUCUGUGUUCAGAAGACCGUGUUGGCUCACGAUUGUCCGAACACUGAUGUAUAAGCCUGCCAGGAUCGAUGGAACACUAUUAUCAUGUCACUGUAUGCUGAAAUGGAUCGCGUUGGUGCACUGUUUUGAACAUGGUGAGCUAACUUGGUGUUCGGAACACGGUGCAUUUACAUUAAGGUAGCCUGUACACUGCUGUAGUGCUCCUGAAGGGAGAGGUUUGUGCGAGAUUCCUGGACACAAGUGGCAAAGAGAUGUAUCCUAUUUCUCCGGCAGGGGCAUACUCCAUAUCCAAGUUUUUUUUUCUCGCCUUUUGUGUCCAGUUAUAAUAGAAACAGUUGUUUCCCCAAGGCCAUGACAGCAUGUUCUUGUUCAAACUGUGAUUAGAUGUGUGGGGCAGGGGUUUGCAUGAGUCACAUCCCUUAAUUGCGCCUACUCCAUGAAAACAGCCUUCUCACUCCAUAUGUAAUGGCUGUCCCAAUCGUUCCAAGGUCCAAAAAACAAGUUCAAAUGUGAUGUAUUGUGAAGACUGGGAGGCAGAUUUUGGCCUACAAUUCCAAUCCAGCAACUUCAAUCAGGCACUCUAGCAGCUCUCUCUGGGGUUGCAGUCAAAUGACAAACCACCACUUCAAAAGAAGCCGGCGGAAGGUGGAGUCCAGAUCUGGACUUCAUCUCCCAUCAUGCUCUUAAUGCAGCCUGAUAUCUGUGUGGUCAUUAGAUGUAGGUUUCAGGAAAUUAGGCCAGUGUAGAAGCAUAAGAAGUGUUUUCCUUGCAGUAAUCUUCCUUACACUGGAGGGUUUUAUUGAGAGCUCACUUUAACAAUGUAGUUUUUUUGGGGGUUUUUUUUGUUAAUAUAUUUUGUUUUGGAAUAUCAAUAAAUGAUUGCUACAUAAAAACUA